AUCGAGAAAACUGAGGUAGGAAUGGGGUACCCAAUAGAUGUCUAAGAAAGGUAAAUCCUUUCAGGUACUCCCAAAAUUGGGGAGAAUAGUCAAUUGGCACCCAGCAAUGAACUUGCCUCUGGCUUGGCCAGAUAGCCCUCUUUCUUCUUAUCUUCCCUCACCUCCUUUAAUUCAUUCUUCUCUCACCACCCCUCCCCUUCCAACACAAGCAAGGUAACAUGGCUGCCAUAACCUCUGAAGUAGCCUUGCUGCCAGCAUUGGUCUCCCAGUCCAAGAGUUUGAUUUCACAAGCUGUCCAUAAACAUCAUUUGUCAUUGGGUUAAUAGAACAGAGUGCUACCCAUGGUCUCACUGAUGCUCUCACCCAGACUCCUUUUAUGUCAAUUUGUUUAUAAAGAAGAAAUUAAAAAAAAAAAAAAAAAGAUAUUGGUCUCAUUAAUCAUCAGUCAAGUCAUUUUGAAGCUUACUUUAUGUCAGGUGAAAACAAAAAAGCCCUGAGGAACUUUGCAGUCUGGUUAAGAUAUGUAACCUGUGUAGGGUUAAAGUCACCUAAUGCCAAUUGCCUCAGGGAAAAAAAAAAAAGAUGUGUGACAAAAUAGUUAAGGAAUAAGAGGUAUGUGAAAGAACAACAGGGAGUUUAGAGAUGGAGCAGAUCAGAGUGAUUUGAAGGUACCACUUGAUAAAAGAGAAAAUUUGGCUAAAUGGAGAGGAGCAGGGAAGUAUAUCAGGAUAAUUUUUUUUCUGACAAUAAUGGAGUAAAUAGAAAGUCACAGACGGAAGCCAAAGAAUCAAGUUUUCUCUGGGAUAUGGCUCCAUUCAGUUCAUUUCAUAGAACAUUUAUUUAGCACUGAAAACAAAUCAGCCUGGUUUCAGUGCAAUUCCAAGUUUUCAUAAUAAUAGUAAUGUGUAUGUAGAUUAAUAUGAUUAAAGAUGGAAUGUGAUAAGAGCAAAGGAGAGAGGCUGCUUUAGGGAUAUUAAUUGUGAAAAGGAAACAGACACUUUCACUUGGGCCUCUAAGGAUGUGUGAAGAUUAGCAUUGCUUUCCAAAACUGGGCCUUGAGAAGACUUACAUUAAGUUAAUUGGAAGGUGGGAGAUGACGGAAGGAAACAGUCUGGGCUGAUCUCUGCCUGCUUUGUGAGGUGAAGCCAUGAAGAUUCCUGGACAAUAUCUGCCCAGAAGGUACCGAAUCAGCUCCCUUUAAUGGGAAAGCAAGUGGGGACAGAGCUGAGCACUCAUAACCUAUAGAACCAUAAGACAAAAAUGGGUUUUGUAGUUGAUGAGAACAACUUUAUAAUCAGGUACGUAUAGAUCUCUUGGGGGAGAGGAAAGGCUUAGCAUCCUUAGGUGCCCCUCCCUACAGCUGCUUCCCACCAGCUAACGUUUGCCUUUCAGAGAGAUCUCAAUGGAACAGUGACAUUGGUCCCAACUCCUCUGCUGUUGGCAGGACUUAUUACUGUGACAACCAACUAAGGACCCAAGCCGGAGCAAGGCCCCACACUGCAGGGCCUCCCCAUCAGGCCAUCAUUUCUCCCCUUCUACUUUUUCCGCAUCCGAGAUUGGGAGCCGAAAGGGGCCAGGCCCAGCUGGGGCCCAUCCUUGCUCCUUCCAACCUGUCACUUGGCAGCCUCACCGUCCCUGGAAAGUGUGUGGGCUUCCCCCAGAAAGCUUCCCUGUCCUGCUGGUCCCAGUCCAGGGCCCAGCUGCUCGUCUACUUCAGUCAUCUCUGAAUCCUUGAGACCCAGAGGCACAGAGCACAGUCCUUAAGGGUAGGAGGACUGGGGAAUGAAGAAGGUGACUGUAGGAGAGGAACUAGUGGGCAUUCUCCAGAACCAAAAAUCACCCUUGGAGAUGAGCUCCACAAAGCCCUCCCCAAAAGAGACCCUUAUAGAAACAUCUCAGGGUCUGAUCCCCAAAGAAACACUCUGGAGACCAACUUCAAUAGGGGAGGCCACCUCCAAAGAGACUCCCACAGAUACAUCCCAAGUACAGACUCAAACAGAAGAGACCAGAACAGACUCUUGGGAGUCCUUUAUGAAAAUACUCAUGGAAAAGACCUACACAGAGGAACCCCUAGAGGAGAUACCCAAAGAAACUCCCUCAAAAAUUCCCAGAGAAACACAGCAAGUAGAGAUUUCAGCAGUAGAAACCCUAUCAGAUACUCUCUCCUGGGAGUCCCUCAAAGAGAUACCUAUAGCAGGGACAGCUCUAGAUGAGAUGUUAACAGAAAAUCCCAUUGGGGAAUCUCCCUUCAGGAACUCAAAGGGAGAGCCUUCCUUGAAGGUGCUGGCAGAAGAAUCAAUCUCAAAAGAAACCCUCGAAGGAAGACCCUCAGGGGAGUCCCUACAUGUGCAGCCCCCACCAGAAGAGCCACCUCCUGAGGGCCCCCUCUCCAAGAUGCCCCCACCUUUGCAUACCCUGUAUGUGAAUCACUUGAACCCACAAUUCUCAGGGGCAGUACUCUCCUGUCUGCUGCGGGACAUGUUUGAGCGUCUGCACCUGCCACUAGAGAGGGAGGCCAUCAGGGUGGUAAAGAAGCAUCGUCGUGCCCAUGCCCUGAUACAGGUGCCCACUUCGAUAGCUUCCAGUACUGUGGCCCAGCAGCUACAGCAAGCUGCCGAGGAGCACGUGCUUCUGAAGGACCUCGUGGCAAGGGGCAAGAUGCUGGCAGUGAGCGAGGGCCCACGGAUCCUCUUCAGCAGAGAGCCACAACCAGGCCUCCCGACCAGUCCCAGCCCGGCCCAGCGCUGGGCUCUCGGCAGACUGGCCUUCUGCCCCCACCGCCUCCACCCCACCUUCCAGGGCCCUCCGGCCCCACUCCCCCAGCUUGCCCUGGGCCGCCCGCUCAGACAGUGCCAUUGUGCACCAAGAGAUCGUGGGGCAGGAGAAGCUCUUCCAUGGCGCCUUCCUAGGCAACGAGACGCGCAACCUGGAGUUCAAACGCGGGGGCGGCGAAUACCUGAGUCUGGCCCUGAAGCACCACGUCCGCCGCUAUGUCUGCGCCUUCCUCAACAGCGAGGGGGGCAGCCUCUUUGUGGGAGUCGAGGACAGCGGGCAAGUGCGCGGCAUCCACUGCGACCACCAGGAGGAGGACCGAGUGCGCCUGCUGGUGGACUCCAUCCUGCAGGGCUUCAAGCCCCAGGUGUUUCCCGAGGCCUACACGCUCUCCUUCGUUCCUGUGAUAAAGGCCGGGGGCAGCAAAAACGACCUGCUCAAGGUGAUCCGCCUCACGGUGCACAGGCCCAAGGCCCUCUCCGAGCCUCUCCUCUACGAGACAGACCUGGGAGAAGUGUUCCUGCGGCGGGAUGGCAGCAUCCAGGGCCCGCUCUCGGGCAGUGCCAUUCAGGAGUGGUGCAGGCAGAAAUGGAUCGCAGAGCUGAACAAGCUGCAAAAAAGGGUCAGUGCCUUGACCAUGGAGAAGGAGCAUCUCCAGGAAGAGCUGAAUCGGGGCCUGUGCCAACAGCUGUGCCAGCAGCCCUCCUCCUGCAUCUGCUGCAUCAUGUGACAGGCCUUGCGAGCCACACCCCAGAGGCAGGGGCCGCCACAAACCGGAUCAUGCAUCUCCUCUAAAAGCGCACUUUGUCCUUGUGCUCGAACCCAUGCUCAGGACCCUCGGGGGCAGCCCUUAGGCAGGCUCCCCCACUGGCCCCUCCCCGAUGGUUCUCAGCUGUUUGAAACCAGCGCUGGUGAAGUGCUGUCCUGGGCAGGCACAGGUGGGGGGCGUGCAAAAAUCACUUUUAAAAUGACUCAUUAUCAAUCCUCCACUUCAGGGGAAACUUCUCCCAGCCUCAGCUCUGAGAAAGCUGGCACUGCCUGUCAAUUUUCCUUCAACUUCAAGCAACAACAGCGGGAUCCCGGAGC